AUGAUGGCCACCUCCACUGCUUUUAAUGCGACUAACCAUGGCCUGCAGAUUGGAAACAACUCCGGUUCCAUCACAGCAGAAUUCCAUGUGGCGCGGGCGUACACUUCCGAAGACAUCGAUCGAAUCUGUCUGCACGCUCUGCGCUGCCCGGACUCCCUGGCUGUGAAGAAUCGCCUGAAAGAGAGCAAGGACAGGUUGGUCCACCAGUCUAUCCAGUGGAUUCUUGAAGAUCCGCAGUACAAAGAUUGGGAAAAUGGGGACGACGUCGGCCUGCUUUGGAUCAAGGGAGGCGCUGGGAAGGGGAAGACCAUGCUGUCAAUCGGUCUGAUCGAGCGGCUCGCGCGGGCGCAGGAUGAAUCCACCGUGGUGAUUUAUUCGUUCUGCCAGAAUGCCGACUACGAGCUCAAUACACUGGAAGCCAUUCUCAAGGGGUUGAUUCUCCAGCUGGCGAAUCAGCAAACGGAGCUGAAAGAAUCGCUCCGUCGCCGGUGGGACACCAUACAGGAGUCGUUCAGUGAGGAUGUCACCUCGUGGCAAUCGUUGUGGAACAUCCUUUUCGAGAUGUUGGCCCGGUGCAAGUACUCUAGGGUAUAUAUGGUCGUUGACGCGCUUGAUGAAUGUCAGAAUGACGACGUGGUUGACUUUCUCAAAUCCAUCGUGCGUAAGGGACUUGAUCAUCCCGGCAAGAUCAAGUGGAUGUUGACAAGUCGACCAUGGGACGGCGCAGAGCGGGUAUUAUUAGCUGGUCAGGACCAGGUGCAAAUUAAUCUGGACGGGGAACACAAUUCCCAAUCUGUUUCAGGGGCUGUGGAGGCUUAUAUCACUUCGAAAGUGGAGGAGCUUAGUCGCCGGCACAAAUAUGGAGUGGCCCUGAAGAGCGAAAUAAUGACUGAGCUUACUGAAAGAUCGGAAGGUACCUUCCUCUGGGUAAGCUUGGUAUGCAAGGCGCUCGAGAGUGUCUGCCGAGAUGACGCUCUGUCCACAGUUCAAAGCUUGCCGCCGGGUUUGCAUCCGUUUUAUGAUCGGGUAUUGAACCAGCUCAACGAAGGCGAACUGGCUGAAGUACAGAAGUGUAUGCGACUGCUCAAAGCCAUGAUGACGGUAUACCGACCUUUGAAAGUGGAGGAAGUCGCUAGUGUGAUCGGCCUAACCGAUGAAGAGGACGCCAUUAGAGCAUUGGUCGAUUGCUGUGCUUCAUUCAUCCGGUUGCGCGAAGACAACAUCGAGUUUGUUCAUCAGUCAGCGCGAGACUACUUGGCCGGAGAGAAUGGGCUGUCUAUACUCGACUCUCAUGGACGCUUCGGACAUGAAGAAAUUGUCCUCGCUUGUCUGUCCUAUUUAUCUGAAUGUCUCAAGCCCAACCUUGUUGACCUGCCGCGGCCCGAUGCCACGAGAGACUCUAUAGAAGCUUUGGAAAAUGGACCGAAGAAUGGCAUACUGUCUCGCGUGGCCUAUGCAGCUAUGUUCUGGGUGUCACAUCUACAGAACACGAGCAACGACACCGACAAGAGCCAAGUCAGCGUAUUCCUACACACAAAGUUGUUGGAAUGGCUAGAAUGCUUAACAUCCGUGCAGGAUGCUCUGCGUUUUUUGUUGCGACAUUACCACACUUUGUCGCACUGGCCGCUACAAAUCUACAGCUCUGCCAUCAUUUUCAGUCCUGAAUCAAGUGUUGUGAAAAAAGAAAACCUUCACAAAGUUCCCGUAUGGCUGAGAAGAGCUCCUCCCAUGGAGGACAGUUGGACGCCUAUGAUACAGGCACUAGCAGGCCAUGUUGAAACUAUCGAGAUUGUUACCUUUUCACCUGACGGCAAGCAGAUAGCAUCAGGCUCUUAUGAUGGCAUAAUUAAGCUCUGGGAUACUGUCACAGGUAGCCUCCAGCAAACGCUAUCAGGUCACUCAGCGCAGAUCACAGCUAUGGCUUUCCUACCGGAUAGCAAGCUGAUUAUGUCCGGCGCUCUUGAGGGCUCUGUUAUGCUAUGGGAUACCACCACAGGCGACCGUCAGGACUGGUUCCACUUGCAAUCACCAGAAGAGCGCGAGGCUAGCCCCCACGCCCUGGCUUUUUCCGCGGAUUGCAGGCAGAUCGCAGCAACCGGUUAUUAUCAUGAUAAUCAAUGUAUCAUGCUUUUUGACGCUGCUACAGGAGACCCCCAGAAGAUCCUUACAGGCGAUUCAGACACAACCUUAGCUCUGGCCUUCUCACCAGACGACAUGCAGCUUGUAUCAGGCUCAUAUGACGGCACAGUCAGACUCUGGGAUACUACCACAGGUGACCUUCAGAAAACACUAGUCGGCCACACAGACAGUGUUCGGACUGUGGCCUUUUCACCAGAUGGCAAGCAGAUUGUAUCAGCCAGUUAUAACACUAUCAAUCUUUGGAAUGCGGCGACAGGUGAUCUCCAGAAGACACUGGCAUACCCUUACGCCCGGACCGUGGCCUUCUCACCCGAUAGUAAACAGAUCGCAGCAUGCUUUACUAAUGGCAUGAUCUUCUGGGAUACUGCAGGCAAUAUUCAAAAGACGCUAGCAUGCCAGUUAGGCACAGUUAUGUCCAUGGCCUUCUCACCAACCGGCAGGCAGAUCGUUACAGGCUCUACUGAUACCACUAUCAGGCGCUGGGAUAUCACCAUAGGUGCCACCCAGAAUGUCGUGGGCCACUCAGGGAGGGUUGUAGGAGUGUCAAUCUCACCAGACGGCAAGGUGAUUGCGUCAGGCUCCGCUGACAAGACUAUUAAGCUUUGGGAUGCUGCAACGGGCAAUUUGCAGCAAACACUAGCAGGCCAUCAAAGCACAGUCUUUGCUGUGGUCUUUUCCCCAGACAACAUGCGGAUCGCCUCGUGCUCUGACGAAGCGGUGAAUCUCUGGGAUGCUGCCACAGGUGACCUGCAGAUCUCACUUCAGAGCGACGACAAUUUCAGCGCUGUCACCUUCUCACCCGACAACAAGCUGAUUGCGACAGGCCAUGAGCACGGCAAAAUUAGUCUCUGGGAUUCUGCCACAGGUGACCUUAAGAAGACACUUGCAGGCCACAUAAACAAAUUUGCGUCCCUGACGAAGUUGGACUAUAUGUUCGACACCAAAGUCACCACUUUGACCUUCUCACCUGAUGGCAAGCUAAUUGCAUCGGCCUCUGAAGAUAAAACAAUUAAGCUUUGGGAUGCUAAAACGGGGGACCUCCAGAAGACACUAGAAUGCAAUUUCGAGAGCAUCAUUACGGCGGCCACGGUGGCCCUUACAACAGGGGCCCAUGCAAACACAUCAAUCAUCACAGUGGCCUUUUCAUCAGACGGCCAGCAGAUCGCAGUAGUCUGUGAUAAUCAGACCAUCAAGAUCUGGAACAUCAAAAAAUUGCUCAAAGCAUCGAAACUUCUGGGGCGCGGUGUUGGUAGUCAUAUCAAGUCAUCUCGGCCAUGGAAGGAGAUUAAGACGUCAGAGCAGGUGUAUGGCGUAGAAUUCGCAGCAGGCAACCGCUAUCUUGAAACAGCCAUUGGACUAAUAUCACUUGAGAGCACCGCGUCCGAGGAAGGGAAGGAGGAACUGCCAGUGAGGUCAGAUUCGGAUUUAUUACAGAAGCUCUAUGUCAGAGGAGAGUGGGUAUACUAUGGAACUAUGCCCUUCCUUCGGCUAUUGCCUGAUUUCCAGGCUUGUGCCUGUGAUGUGCACGGCGAUCAAGUGGUUGUUGGAUUCAGCAACGGUCUGGUUUCAAGCUUCGACAUUGAUCGAUGGAGUUUACAUCAAUACUGGAAACACUUCAUGACGGUAAGCGCCCAACAGCCGGUUAGUAAUCUGGCUGGAAGUCGGAGUGGGGAUGGAGUUAACCAGGAGGCUUCUCUUGACCGUUGA